GCUCUCUGUACCAGGCUGGAGAGAGUGAUCUGAUUCUUCUGAAGCGCAUGUCAGAGAGGAGGAGGGAGGGAAUGAACCAGGAAGAGAGAAAGAGAGAGAGAGAGAAGGCAGCCUCCGGUUGACAGUACAUGGAGGUCUGCAGGAUCUCCAGGACCAGGAACCAUCCCUGGCUGCUGCGCCUGGUGUGUGUUCUGCCUGCUGCUAUCACAAGGGGCUGCAGGGCUUUCAUCACCACUGAAUGGUAUGCUGUCCUGACGUCUCUCUCAAAGCCAGGAGGACUGACGUGGCGUCAGAGAUUCCCCCUGGAUCAGCCCCUGAGAGCUGUAGGAUCCCACCCAGGAGGAUGCAGGGCCUCAGGAGGGCCUCAGGAGGAACAGCUCUAGCCAGCUCUGACUUCUGGUGGGGCGGGACAGCUGGUGUUGUGAAUCAGGCCGCUAUAGUGCCAGACACGGCUUCUUCCCAACACCAGGGUCACACCCCACUGUCCGCAGCACCGAAGCCCCGGAGCCCAGCCCUCUCCAUCACCGGCAGAAAGGCACAGCAGCAGCAUUGUCCGCAGCACCGGAAGCCCCGGAGCCCAGCCCUCUCCAUCACCGGCAGCAAGGCACAGGAACAGCACUGUCCGCAGAACCGAAGCCCCGGAGCCCAGCCCUCUCCCUCACCGGCAGCAAGGCACAGCAACAGCACUGUCCGCAGCACCGAAGCCCCGGAGCCCAGCCCUCUCCCUCACCGGCAGCAAGGCACAGCAACAGCACUGUCCGCAGCACCGAAGCCCCGGAGCCCAGCCCUCUCCCUCACCGGCAGCAAGGCACAGCAACAGCACUGUCCGCAGCACCGAAGCCGAAAAUGCAUGCCGAGACUAGUGGAGGAUGUGUCUUUCAAAAACAGACUAGUCUAAGUUAAUUAAAAAUAAACUAAAUAUUCCACUGUAUGUCUGAGGCAUAAGAGGAGCAUGGGCCCGAAGCAAAACCACCAUUGUUUAAUUCUCAAUUGUGAUUAAAGUAGAGUUGCAUUGUAUUGACUUGCCUUAUGACAGCUUCUGUGUGUCUGCACACUAGGACUAGGAUUCAACAUCAGUGAACUAUCAGAGCAUAAGACAGUACAACGAGAGAGAGGACCGUGCUGAUGGGAAUAGCAUGAAAUGAAUAAUCAAUCCAAAUGAAAUGUGUUCCGGUUUAUGUAAAAGCAAGACAAAUGAAAGGCUGGGUGUAUUCCUUUGUCUGGGAUUAAAUAGAAAAUGGAUUUUGAUGUUAGUCUCAGUCUUAGUAUCAGUACACUUUGUUGGCAUCCCUCUGUGCUGCUUUUAUUUCACUUUAUAUUAUAUAAUUUUAUUAAAACUCAUCAAAUGACUCUUUAUUUGUUAUUCAUUACUUAACGAAUUGUAUGUUUUCAUUGUGUGGUGGUAGUUUGUGAGUGAAAGUGUUUAGGUACAAUUGUGAAUUCGUUUUUGCAUCAUUAUUCCAAUAAUAAAGUAGGAUACAUGUGAACAACUACA